CAUCCCUUCAACCAAUCGACGUUACAUAAACACACUGUCCUUGGUAGAUAAUGUAGAUAGAUUCUAGGUCAGUAAAAGGGCCCGAUUGUUUUUUUGUCACCGUGGGAAUUUUAUCCCUUCAAUUUGAUCAAGCAUGUCGGUGAAACAUGCUCUCAGUCGCUGCCUUGAGCUGGGGAGGUCUGUAUUCCAGCUGGGUCUCAUCAAACCAGCCGGCCGUGUGGCAGCGAAGCUCCGCGGUGAGCGGCUGCGUGUGUCGCCGCCGACCCGCACCGUCCAGCCGCAGAGCUUCCUGCCCUCCCGCUACCGCUUCUACCGACUGUCUCUCAGCGGGCUGGCCGCUCGGCUCCAGUCGGGUGGUUUCAGGAGACUGGCUGGGGGCGGCUCACCCAGAAACAGGGCUGUUUUCCUGGCGUUUGGUGUGGGAUUAGGGCUCAUUGAACAACAGCUGGAGGAGGACAGAAAGAGCAUAGCGCUGUGUCAGGAAAUACAGGCCAUAUUCAGAAAGAAGAAGUUCCAGACCCCUCUGAAGUCAUUUACAUCAGGGUACAAGUUGGAGGACUAUGUCAUUGGGAAACAGAUUGGGAAAGGUUGCAGUGCAGCGGUCUAUGAAGCAGCAGCUCCCUUUGCGGUCCCUGGAGAGAGUGGAAAGUGUUCACUGGUGGAACUGAACCAGAAUGAAAGUGAAAAUAAGAAUGGAGGACCACUUGGAUUCCCCACUAUACCGAGCUUUCCUUUAGCUGUGAAAAUGAUGUGGAACAUUGGGGCUGGUUCAUCAAGUGACGCUAUCUUUAAGUCUAUGUCAAUGGAGUUGGUCCCUGCAUGUACCCAGGCUUUAACAAAGGAGCAAGGACAGAUUACUUUGGAUGGCCACUUUGGAUUGGUGCCUAAGAGAAUAACGGCUCAUCCCAACGUGAUCACAGUGUAUCGGGCCUUCACUGCAGAAGUACCCCUAUUGCCUGGUGCUCAGGAGGAGUACCCUGAUGUCCUGCCCGCCAGACUAAAUCCACUGGGUUUGGGCAGUAACCGCACUCUGUUCCUGGUCAUGAAAAAUUACCCAUGCACCCUGCGGCAGUACUUGGAGCUGAGUGUGCCAGACCGGAUGCAGGCCUCUCUCAUGUUGCUACAACUGCUGGAAGGGGUGGACCACCUGUGCAGACAGGGCAUCGCUCACAGAGACCUCAAAUCAGACAAUGUGCUACUGGAAUUUGACUGUGCUGGGUGUCCCAGAUUGGUGAUCACUGAUUUCGGGUGCUGUCUGGCUGAAGACUUUGGCCUUAAACUGCCCUUUAACAGUCGGUGGGUUAGCAUAGGAGGUAAUCCCUGUCUGAUGGCACCUGAGGUCGCAACAGCAGUCCCAGGUCCAGGGGUAACGAUCGAUUACAGUAAAGCAGAUGCCUGGGCCGUAGGGGCGAUUGCUUAUGAACUUUUUGGUCAGCCAAACCCCUUCUACAGCUCACAGGGGCUGGAGAGUCGCAGUUAUCAGGAAAGACAACUCCCUCCAUUGCCUGACAGUGUACCUGCUGAUGUACAGCUAGUAGUGAUGUUACUGCUACGUAGAAAUAAUCAUAAGCGCCCCAGUGCACGUGUGGCCGCUAACAUGCUUCAUAUCUGCCUGUGGGGCAAGCGUGUUGUGGCCAGUUUGGACUGGGCCAGACUGGAUAAAAUGAUCGACUGGCUGCUGUGUCAGUCUGCAGUGGUACUUCUGAAGAGUCGCGGUUCCAGCGGGAGUUCGGUGGAAGCUGAGCUUCAGAGAGCCUUUCUCGCCAACAUAGAACUUGAAGACCUCCGUACUGCAGUCAGUUUCCUCAUGUAUGGGCAAGCGCAGUGGCAGUCUCCGCUUAUGCACUACACUGAACCAUAGAAUGUGUGUGUCUAUGUUUACUGUAGAAACAAGCACAGCUGAUUAGUAGGUCAACCCUUUUUCCAAGCUGUUCCUUUAGUUUUGUUAAUGUAGACCAUGAAAGCACUUUAAUUUAAAUGACAAGGAUUUUUUGCAAAAAAAGUUUUAGCGCAUCAAAAUAAAGCUUAUGGAAAUGCAAAUUAUCACUGAAACUCUAUGUCGAUACAUUAAAUGUUGCGAAAAACUGGUUUGGAAACACUUUUCGUCGAGAAAAUUGGCAUUAAUGCAAAAAUGUAGUGUCACAUGACAGAAUUUGCCCCAAUCGUUAGCCUGUGUUAAUCAUGACGACAAGGUAUACAGCCUUGAAAGCCAAUUUAUUGUACAUGAUUAUGGAUUGAUCUUAAAUGCAUAAUCAUGCAAACAUGACACUUCCAGGAGUGCCAACACAAAUAUCUCGUAUCGUGCACAUGGACGAGUGCACGGAGAACAAAUGGAUGGCCACUGUUUGUGAUUAAUUUAAUCACGCCUUCCAUUUAUUUAUUAAAGCUGCUUUUCGACACCAUUCAGAAUAAUAAACACCAGUCAUGGAAUUAGCCUACAAUACAAAAAACAUAUCAUUUCUGUGCACAAAGAUGUUUUAAAUUAAAAAUAAAUACACAAUACUAGAAGAAAAGCUUCAGUGUGCUUCUUUGAAACAUGAACAUAUAGCACAAUUCUAUAAAAUUAUUGUUUAGCUUUUGAAAAAUGCAGGCAAAAUUCCCUAUAUUAAAUUAAAUAAAUUACCAAAUGAAAAAAGCAUUCAAUUAAACAAAAAUUAAAUAUCAAACGAAAAAAAAAAUAUUUUUAGACCUAUAUAUGCCUUUUCUUUACACAAACUUAAAUUAGCCUUACCCUGUUCUGCAGAUGAAAAAAGUUGUGACAUUCUCAGAAUGUUCUACACUUUUUUUCAAGACUAUAAACCAUCAGAACUAUUUGUCCAAUGCGGAGUUCACUUUCAGAAAACGAGCUUUUGAACAUUUUAAAACUUUUACAUUUUUUAAAUCUAACCCUCUUUACUUCAGAUCGCAUUUGCUGAGCUUCUUCAGAAAAUGUAAAUUGCAUUAUGAUGCUAAAAUUAAUUUUAGAUGAUAAUCAAGUUCAGUUUGUCAUUAAAAGUUGUGGGACAAAUAUGCGGGACAUGAUGCAGUUGUGAUGGCGAUGCUUUAGAUUAGAUGAUUGUUCAAAAUAGCCUAUUGAAUAUCAGGAAUGGAUCAUAUGUAAACCCUGAUAUUACACCACAUCAUUUUUCUUUAAUAGCUGUGCACACAGCACAUACACAUCGAUGGAUGGUCCUUAUACUAAGACUGAAUGUUACCCCACUACUUGGUGCAGGUUUCCAGCUUGAACAGGGCCAUGACGAUUCAUUUUCGGGUCGGAACCGGUGGCAACCUGUGAUAGGCACAACAUCAGGACCAAUAUUACAGUUCUAUCAGAAGGGCAACUGCUCCCUUUUGAUUGCAAUUCCUCAUCUAAUGAUUGCAUUUAUUUGUGAAUUAAAAUGACAGUAAGCUGGCUAAUUUCAAUGAAUUUUCUCAAUACUCUACCCAUUUUACCAAAACUUCAGGGGGAAAAAAUUAGGGACAUCUGGGAAGCGAAUUAGUGAUAAACACACAUUUCUGAAUGGAAACGGCUUCAGGGCAGAUUUCUUUUGCGCUAAACCAAAACUUAUGCGACAAAGUGUUUUUUAGGCAUGACGUCAUUACGCACACCAUUUUUAUCAAUAAAAGGCCAUUUGACUGGAAACAGGCAGAAGACGGCAAAUUUUGCAAAACAAUUUACGCAUUUUCAAUUUGUCGAUAGCAAAAUAGCGCGAAAAGUGGAUGGAAACAAGGCUACUGACAUAAUUUGAAAUUAUGUUUUUGCACUUUUUCACCAUACAUAAGAAUGACUCUUUACUCUCCCCCAUCAUUUAAACAUCAGUAUAAUGAUAAUUUGUAUAUGAGCAAUAAAAUUAUCCAAAAUAGUCCUGGUAGAACUCAUGUAAAAAAAUUAAUAAAUAAAAUUGCCUGUGCUUUGCAUAAUAAUGCAUUACUAUACACAGUAUAUCGCAGUACUUAUAAUAAUUAAGAUUAUAAAGGGGUAUGUCAGAAUGUUAGCAUGUUAUCCAGUUAAAAUAAGAUCAUCAAACGCAGUUUGCAACCCAUUUUACUUUUGUAAUCUUGACAUAUUUCCAAGUAAAACUCGAUAUUCAGGAAAUUGAUUGGUUCUUGAAAAGUGGGCAACCAAAAUGGAGCCAUGUGCUUGGACGUUAGGUGUUGGAAAGUAAGAGGAAUUUGUAAUAAAGUUUAUUUUUUAUUUUUUUUAAAUUAUAAAGACAUUUUCUGUGCACAGUAAAACCAGCAACUUACAUUGAAAAUGUACAUAGAAUAAAUGUUGAUUUCAUAUUGACUUUAUUCUAAAUAGUCUGAAAGAAUUUGAAUAGCAUUGAAAUAACCUAUUUUUGUCUUCUGCAUGUGGUAAUAAAACAAUCUGCUCAUUGAA